GGAGGACUGUCCAGGCUAAGCCCCGCGCGGGGAAGGGUGGCUUGCGGUGGAAGGGGUUGGCUUCUGGGGAAGAAAUCAAACCUAACCGUUCACUUGGGGAAGGGGGCUAGUCCCCGACUCCCUGGUUCUUCCGCACUCUGCAGUAACUUUGGGGUGUGGCAGGGGCUAGUGACCGGCGUUUACUCCGGAUCAGGGCGUGAAGGAGGUUUGUGAUCACGAUGGGGUUAUAGUCUUUAACGCGGCCACUGGGGGAAUAAAACAAAUGUUUGUAAUCCGGAUUAUCCGCGGUGGCUUGGGGCCUCCUCUACUGCCCAUCUAAGUUAAAGGCCUGUUCCCUCAAACUUCCUCCCAGAGCUCUCAUCUUCCCCUGCCGUCUCUUUGCCGGCCAAGCACAUCCGGGGACGGGGCCAGGGCCACCAGGUUCCUGGUAAGGUUGAAAGACUGAGCGUGGAGGACUGUUAAAGUGAGUCUGUGUGAAAGAAGGAAGGAUUUUGUAGAUUGCUUCAGAGGGAGUGUGGGGUGAGGCCGUGAGUCCCAGAGCCUCAGCAUGUCCGGGAAACGGAAGCGGGUGGUGUUAACUAUUAAAGAUAAGCUCGAUAUAAUAAAAAAACUUGAAGACGGAGGUUCUUCCAAACAACUGGCAGUGAUUUAUGGAAUUGGUGAGACAACAGUUCGGGAUAUAAGAAAAAAUAAGGAAAAGAUUAUAACUUACGCAAGCAGUUCUGAUUCCACAAGUCUUCUGGCCAAGAGGAAAUCUAUGAAACCAUCCAUGUAUGAGGAACUGGACAAAGCAAUGCUAGAAUGGUUCAACCAGCAAAGGGCAAAAGGGAAUCCCAUAUCUGGACCGAUUUGUGCAAAAAGGGCAGAGUUCUUCUUUUAUGCUUUGGGAAUGGAUGGUGAUUUCAACCCCUCCGCUGGUUGGUUAACUCGUUUUAAGCAGCGGCACAGCAUUAGAGAGAUUAACAUUAGAAAUGAAAGAUUAAAUGGAGAUGAGACUGCUGUGGAAGAUUUUUGUAACAACUUUCGAGACUUUAUUGAACGAGAGAAUUUACAGCCUGAGCAGAUCUACAAUGCAGAUGAAACUGGACUCUUUUGGAAAUGCCUACCAUCCAGGACUUCUGUGAUCAAAGGUAAAUGCACUGUCUCGGGGCACAAGUCAGUUGAAGAAAGAGUCACUAUCAUGUGUUGUGCCAAUGCAACAGGUUUACACAAACUGAAACUUUGUGUUGUGGGGAAAGCAAAGAAACCUCGCUCCUUCAAGUCAACUGACACCUCAAACCUGCCAGUUUCUUAUUUCAGCCAAAAAGGUGCAUGGAUGGAUCUUUCCAUUUUCCGACAGUGGUUUGAUAAGAUCUUUGUGCCACAGGUUCGAGAAUACUUAAGAUCUAAAGGCCUGCAGGAAAAGGCUGUGCUCUUGUUGGAUAAUUCACCAACACAUCCAAAUGAAAAUGUCCUCAGGUCAGAUGAUGGCCAAAUAUUUGCUAAAUAUUUACCACCUAAUGUGGCUUCAUUGAUCCAGCCCUCGGAUCAGGGAGUCAUAGCGACAAUGAAGAGAAAUUAUCGUGCGGGUCUUCUUCAGAACAACUUGGAAGAAGGUAAUGACCUGAAAUCAUUCUGGAAGAAGCUAACUCUGCUAGAUGCACUUUAUGAAAUAGCAAUGGCAUGGAAUUUAGUAAAGCCGGUUACCAUUAGCAGAGCAUGGAAGAAGAUUCUUCCUACCAUAGAGGAGAAAGAAGGCUUGGACUUUGAUGAAGAAGAUGUUUCUGUGGCUACUGUGGCCACCAUUUUACAACAUACCAAAGGACUGGAAAAUGUGACUACUGAGAACAUUGAAAAAUGGCUUGAAGUGGACAGUACUGAACCAGGCUAUGAAGUGUUAACUGACAGUGAAAUCAUCAGAAGAGCACAAGGCCAGACUGACGAAUCUAGUGAAAAUGAGGAGGAGGAAAUAGAACUGAUUCCAGAGAAACAUAUUAAUCAUGCAGCUGCUCUCCAAUGGACUGAAAAUUUAUUGGAUUAUCUAGAACAACAAGGUGAUAUGAUUCUGCCUGAUAAACUCGUGAUACGUAAACUUCGAGCCACCAUCAGAAAUAAACAGAAGAUGACAACCUCAAGUCAAUAAUGGCAUGUCAUUGUUAACCAUUGUUUUGGUAAUUGUGUUUGUAACUCUUAAUCUCUGCAGUGUGAUUUAAUUUUCUUUGCGUUCUUAAUUCUCAGUCACAGCCCUAUGAAGUGCAGAUACAAAAAUGUAUCUGAAGUGGUUCGAGGAUUAUGUUUUGCAUCAUCUCUGUGUCUUUAUUUGUGCAGAUAAUUGAAAGCUGAUUCUGUAUAGAUAUAAAUUACAUAUACACAGGUAUUCACUUUUGUAGAUCUGCAAUUACCCCUUCUAUUACAGUGGCAUUCCCUAAACUUUCUAAAAAAAAAUUACAGAUAACAGUGAACAGAUUGAGCAUUUUCCUGAAAUCUGUUGUUUGGUUUAUGAGGGCUGCCACAGUAAUCUUUUCUUGUGUUAACUUCUUAAAUGUUAACGUUUUGUGUAUCUGUAUACACUGACAGGAUGAGAAAUAUUUUAGAUUUCAGGUUGAUCUGCAAUAAUUAAAAGAAGUCCAAUAAUGAGGAAACUGAUCAAUGAAUUAUAAAAAUAACUUAGAAAUCAUACUUUUGUUCUCUUACAUUUGUUUAUGUGGCAAGAGGGGGAGAUUUUUCUGGAAGUAAAUAUAUAGGAAGUGAUUACUAAAUUAGUAAGAAAACUAUUUGAAAGCUGAUAUAUAAAUGAGCUAUUCUGUUCUAUUCAUUUGUAGAAAACUGGGAGUUGAAAAUUUGGGGAACUUUAGGUUAUUUAUACAAGGGGAAUAAAUAGGCUUGUUUUAAUUGGGUCUUAUAUUAUGAAUUGGGUAAUUAUUUAUUCGUAAUUAUAGUACAGGUUUUGUAAUGUUAUAUGUGGUAAUACGAACUCCCACCUUAUAUGUGGGGAAGAACCUUGGGAAUUUAAAGUUAUGUUUUUUUUACUGUGUACUUGGAAAUGUCUAUAGUUUGAAAAAGUUUAUCAUACCUUCCCCUUUGAUAUGAAAAAAAGAAAUGAGAAGAAUAAAGUUAUUAUUAUUUUUAACAAGCCAUAGGUUGUGACCUGUUUUAUGAAGAAAGCAGAAAUAAUUAUGGAAAGUGCCAGAUUCUAAGGACUUUAAUUUACUCUUUUGACACUUGUAAAAAGGUAUUCUUUCUUUUAGAAUCCAUUUAAGUCAGAUUUUUGAUAAAUUUGCUUAGUAAAUUUAAUGUUUAUUCAAGACAUUGAAAAGAUUGUGAAUAUUGAUUUAAUCUGUAAUUUAAAAGCAGAAAAGCAGUGGGUCUCCAUAUUAUUUCAUGUUUUGGCCCUUUAAAAAAUGUUCUCCAUCAGUCAUUUUUUUUAAGUUUUAACUGUUUCAUUGAAAUAUUUUGCAUUUUAUAUUUAUAGUGCCUUUCUUAGAAUUCUAAGACUUCAAGGAGACUUUUAGCUUCCCUAAUUUCUGUUAUCUUAAUGAUAUAUGUCCAGAUUUUUUUUAAAAGACUUCUGUGAUGACAACUGUUUAAAAAUUAUUGCAUGAAUUGCCUCAGUGCACAGAGGAAAAAGCAUCAGAAACUAACAUACGUAUUGAAUUAGAUAAUUAUCCAUCCUGCUAUAAAUUCAAUUGUAUAUAAAAGAAUUUUUCAUUUUUCUAAUAUGAAAAUGUAUAAAAGCUUCUUGGAAUUUCUGUCUGGAUUUGCUCAAUUUUAAAAAUUGAUCUUGUCAGUGAAAUUCAGCUGUAUCGUUGCCACCUAGUGGUAAAAUUAACAUUACUGUUAAGCUGUGUGGUUUUAAAUAUUAAUAUCAAGUAAAAGGUUCACUGUUUUGUGGCCUUGAGUGUGAAUCUUGUGACUCUUUCUCUAGCCUGUGAGAGACUGCUCUUGUUUUUUAGAUUUAUAGCUAUUUUCUCUUUUCUAAAAGCUGCCAACACUGGUAGGCUGUAGUUCUGUUUUGGACCGUUUUAUCCUUAAGCGUAAGUAUAAAAGCUGC